GCCUAUGCAUUUAUACGAAGUGUUCCAAAAUUGUUUCAACAAGAUAGCAAAUAAACAACAAGUACUGGACACAGCAUAUAGGUCCAACAUUGACAAUGUCUUCAUUUAUUGGUGUCAUGAAUGUUCCAACUUUAAGUACAUAGGUUACACCAUAAGGAAUGAAGAUUGUCCACUGAAUGCCUGGAAAUGUCUAUUCCCUUCGUAUUCUUCUCUGCAUCUAUUAGCUAGAAAGACAAAACUAGAGAUGUGCCCUACAAUAUGCCUUAUGCUUCUCAACAGAUGGAGGUUCUACCUCAGGAUUGUGGUAGUUUUUCUGACAAUGAAGCCCUCCCAAUCACAGAUACCACAUAUAUUCAAUAUGAUGGUUUACCCCAGCAAAGGGUACUGACCAGUGAUGAAAACAGAAGUGUUGCAAGCAAGAGAAAAAGAGAUGUAGUUAAAUCUGAAGAACUUGGAAUCCAGUGGCUGAAGACAAGAGUUAGGUAGGAGUGGCUUACAGCUUUUGUAUCAACUAGAAAAAUCUCCCAGUGGUUUAACUUUCUGAUAUUAAGAAGAAAUUACCCUCCUUCACUCAACAAUUUCAUCUCUUUUUGAGAGGGUAGUAAUCGAGAUUGUUUCAACAAAUCCCAAAAUGUAUACUUUGAUUAUGGUGUCAUUAAAUAAAAAAAUUGGCAGUAUGCAAGAAGAGAAGCAUGCCCUUCUGGACUUUGUAUACACUACAAGCAGUAAUAAGUUUUAAGUUUUACUUUACUUAAAGAUAUUGUAAUAUUAAUAAUAAGGUUCAGGAAAAUGAAGUGUUAAAGUUGUGUAUAUUAGGAACAAUGUAUUAAGUGAAAAUAUAUUACCUAGAUUUUCCAUCAUAAUAAAGACAAAAAAAUAUAUAUACAUAUAUAUUAAGGCUAUUUAACUGUACGUAUUUAACAUACUUCGGUAGUUAUUAGUAUACAAUAUUUUAUGAUCAGAACAUGCAUAUAUUUCAUGAACUAUUUCAUAAACACACUUAGCACUUAAUCUUUUAA